AUGACGCAGUCCCAUAUCUACGAAUUACCCAUUACGAGACUCUACGUAAAGUAUGCGGACGUGGAGGAUGGACGCCAUGUCAAACGUCACAUCAAAAAUACAAUCAAACAUCUGAAAUAA